AUGACCUAUGAGUAUGGGAUCCCGGGUGCGUGGUAUGCAUUUGCAUUCACCAUCCAAAUUACUUUUUUCGCCGUUGUUGCGCUUGAAAUCAAGCGUAAGGCUCCUGGAGCACACACUGUGCUCGAGAUCGUUCGCGCCAGAUUUGGGCCUGUGGCCCACUGGGUGUGUCUUUUCUACGGAAUGGGCACAAACGUGAUUAUUUCUGCUAUGCUGUUGCUUGGUGGAUGCCAGGCUAUCAGUGCUAUCACUGGAAUGCACGUUGUGGCCGCUGCCAUGCUGCUUCCUGUUGGUGUCUGGGCAUAUACUGUGACCGGUGGUCUCAAGUCUACCUUCCUGUCGGACUGGAUCCACACUGUGAUCAUUUAUGUCGUUAUUCUGGUUGCUCUGUUCACCACGUACACUCACAGCGAGAAGAUUGGCUCGAUUGACAAGAUGUACGAAUUACUGCAGGAAACCGCUAAGUACAACCCUUCGGCCGGUUUCAAGGGCAGCUACUUGACCUGGGAUAACAAAACCGCUCUUUUCAACGGUUGGAACAUCGUUGUGGGUGGCUUUGCUACCGUCUUCACCGACCCAAGUUACAGUCAAAAGGCCCUUGCUGCCUCUCCACGGAGCAGUAUGUGGGGAUACUUCUUUGGCGGACUGUGUUGGUUGAUUAUCCCACUUGCACUGUCUUCGUGCACGGCCAUGUCGUCUCUUGCUCUUAUGCACGAUCCAUCUUCUCCAACUUACCCAAACCCAAUCCCAACAGAGCUCGUCAACGAGGGUAUCCCUAUGUUGUACGGUCUGUACCAGAUUUUGGGUAAGUCUGGAGCAGCUGCAGGGAUGUUGAUGGUGUGGCUUGCGGCCACUUCUGCCACCAGUGCCGAGUUGAUCGGAUUCUCCUCCGUUGUUACUUACGACAUCUACAGAGCUUACCUGAACCCAAAUGCCUCCGGAAAACAGCUUAUUAGAGUCUCGCACUUGUGCGUUACUGUAUUUGCUGUUGCUAUGGGUGCGCUUACCGUUGUGUUCAACUACAUCGGUAUCACCAUUUCCUGGAUCAUCACCUUUAUCGGUAUUGCUCUUGGACCUGGUGUGUUUGCUUUCACGCUGACUCUGUUCUGGAAGAAGAUGACACCACUGAGCAUCAUCGUUGGACCGCCACUUGCUACCGUCAUUGCCAUUAUUGGAUGGUGUGCUUCUGCAAAGUCUCUUUACGGAGCAGUCAACAAGGACACUCUUGGAGACGAGUACUCGUGCGCGGUUGGAAACUUUGUUGGAUUGUUUGGCUCCCUAAUUUUCAUUGUUGCUAUCAGCUACAUCAAGCCUAACAAAGAGGACUACGACUUUGGAACGCUGGACUCCCACUUCAUCGCCGGAGACGAUGCUACCGUCAAGGAAGCAAAGGCCAUGGAGCUGGAGGAGAACGACACGUCCAAAGAGCUCAAACGCUACUCACUAAUUGCGCAAAUAAUGGCUUGGGCUUUCUUUUUUAUUGUGAUUUUCCUGAUCCCAAUGCCAAUGUAUGGACAACACUACAUCUACAGCAAAAAGUUCUUCCGGGCAUGGAUAGUGAUAAUUAUGAUCUGGUUGCUGCUGGCAGCAUGUUUCAUUAUAUUCUAUCCGCUCUGGGAGAGUCGGGAGGUUGCUGCCAAGAUCUUCAGGGUGAUAACUGGCCGCGAGGAGGCCGAAAAGCCUCUAUUACUUUCUGCCCAGAACACGGUCGAGCAAGUUGUUCUUGAGAAUGCGGCUCAAAAACAGGCGUCGAGCGACGGGUCGAUAAAGCAAUAA